AUGCCUCCGGCAGCUGCAGCUGGACCGCGCCUUCCUGUCCCCCGGAGCAAGACCUACGUCGGGUGUUGGACUUGUCGUGGCCGGCACGUCAAAUGUGAUGCAGUCCGGCCCUCGUGUCAACGGUGUGCCAAAAGCAAGCUCAGAUGUGAGGGUUAUGGCAUUCGACUAUCGUGGAUCCGCCACGAUGGAUCCCACAAGCCACCGCGACAGACCCGAUUGCGCUUCUCAGAACAAGAUAUGUCGAAUCCCGUCUUCAGUCCAGAGCAGAUCGAUUCUGCCUUGGAGUAUCUGGACACUGUUGAUUGCGGACCCGACGGCGUCGAGGCUGCGCCUUUUGCUGUAUUCGCCUCCAAUCGUGCCUUGGCCGAGCAUCCUGAUCCUGACCCUGACCCUGAUCCUGACCGCCAACAUGUCCCGCCUGACCACGGCCUCCUUCCACUAUCCCCAGAGACCCUACUGGUGUGGCCCGGAACCCUGGAGAUCGAGGAUGAGGAGGCAUAUGGGGAGGCAGAUGAGGAUGUUGGAUAUUUGGAGGCCACCUCUCCGGCAUCUUCUGACCUGGUGCACUCGCACAAGCACAGCAUCAGCAUGAUGGCCACUCAACAACGGCUGGCUCCGCUCCUCCAGCCAUUCAUCGCUUCUUCAUCUCCCGAAGAGCGUCAAUUGUUCCACUUUUGGGUGACAUCAGCCAGCGCGCUCAUGAUCGCGACCGGGCAUCCUGAUAAUCCCUUUCGACAUGUUUAUGUGCCACUGGCCAUGGCCGCUGUAGGGACCGACCGGAACCUCGUUGGGCACCGUUCCCUUCUCCACGGCAUAUACGCGUGGGCGGCCUCCAGCCUGGCGCGGCUUCAACAUGUCGACGCCGAGGGUGCAAAGAGAUAUCACGAGCUGGCAGCGAAGCAUUAUCAGAGUUGUCUGUCUUGUCUCCGGCAGAGUUUGCUACUUGACGAUGCCGAACAACACGCCCCGACAUUGGGUGCAAUCGUUCUCAUCACCACCAUGGAGAUGGUGACUGGCACGUCUAGCCACUGGCGAAUGCACCUCCGGGGUGGACGGACUUGGCUGAAUGGGAUCGCUCCGACGUGGCAGCAGGUUGGCGAUAAUCAAAUUGUCUAUCAGACCUUCCGCGGUCUUGAGAUCCUUGGCUUUUCUCACGACCAGAACAAGCAGCUCGACCACAGCCGCCAACAAUCACAAUCCUCAGACACGAGCACGAGCACGAGCACGACGGACCUACCGAUCCGACUGGCAUUAGAGGCGAACUUCUAUAAAGGAGACGCCAGCCUGUACCAAAUGGAGAAGCUCUUUGGCAUCACCAAGCCCGUGUUCGACACGAUUUCGACCAUCAAUCACCUCACCCAAGUAGGCUACACCCCAACCCAGAAGGAACUCGAUGACCUAGAGUCGCUCAUUUUGAUGGCCAACCCUUGUACGCUUCGAUUCCCCAGCCCGACCGAGGAGAUUGAACGCCUCAUCCGCCAUCAUGCCUGUGCAUUCUACUUUGCAUGUGUGAUCCACUACAAGCGCCUACUCCAGCACGAGAGCCCGGCCAAUCUCCAGUACAUUGUCGAGUAUGGACUGGUGCAUUUCGAGGCCAUCGCAAACACCGAGAUUGAGACCGAACUGAUCGCCUCUGGUCUAUUGUGGCCAUUGUUUGUCGCGGCUUCGGAGGCGGAGACGACCGACUUGCGUCGACGAUUCAUCGAGGUGUUCGCCUCCCGAGAGAGACUGGGCAUCGCUGCCACAUCUCAGACCCGGCGUGUGGUGCAGGAGAUCUGGCGGCGGAGAGACCGUUCGUCACAUCCGAGCAAGGUAUACCGCCAUAAGGUGAUGGAGGAAAUGGGACUGGAUGUUUUGCUCGCUUGA